AUGGGCAGCUUCGACCUUCCGAAUAGAGACUCUCCCGAUCUGCACCUCGUAGUUGCGACCAGAGACGAGCUCCGCGCACUGCAACAUGAGAAUAGUGAAGAAUGGCGCGGCGCCCUGUCACUCGAGGCAUACCUCCGCAGAGAAGAGCACCUAUACAGCCAGGACAUGACGAAAGAGGGCGGGAUGACUCCGUGGAUGCUGGUCCACCAACCCGAUCCAGAUGGUCCACGGAAAGUCCUGUGCGGAUGUGAGACUCUCAGAAAGAAUGCAUUGGUUGGCCGCCAAGGCAAGGCAGAAGAUGCAAUUGCCUAUGGAAUCUGUUCUGUCUUCUGUCCUGAAGGGUAUAGAGGCCGGGGAUACGCUGGUAGGAUGAUGACUGAGCUGGGAGAAAAGCUGAGGAGCUGGAAGACAGACGAAGGGGAGCUAUGUCUAUUUAGUGUGCUAUACUCCGACAUUGGCAAGGACUUCUACGCUGCGAGAGGAUGGCAUCCGUUUCCAUCAGCUCAUGUUACGCUGCCAGCUUCGACCCGAAGACCUGCAGGCCAAGUGCGCCCCCUAGAGGCCAACGAUCUGCCCGCACUUAGCUCAACCGACGAGGCGAUGCUCCGCAAACAGCUUUCCGCUAUGAAAACUGACAAUCGGCCUGCUGUAGCACUCCUUCCUGACGCUCGUACGUUCCAAUGGCAUCACGCUCGCGAAGAAUUCGUGGGCAAGGAGCUGCAUGGCAAGCCACCGGUCGUCAAGGGUGCAAUCAUCGGAGAUUCACCCGGCGCACGUGUCUGGGCGAUCUGGACUCGCGUCUGGUCGAAUCCAAAGGAAGAAACGCCAAACACAUUGCACAUCCUACGAUUGGUGGUCGAAGAUGAGGCCUACUCGGACUUCAAGCCCGCAUCUCCCGAUAUUGCUGCGAAGUCGAGAGACACGGCGGUUGCACAUGCGGUGGCCGAGGUCUUCAGAGCUGCACAGUAUGAAGCUACGCAGUGGGAUAUGAAGGAGGUGACAAUCUGGAACCCUACAUCUGCGACGCUAGCAGCAGCGCAAACCAUCGAUCCAAACGUCACCGUCAUUCAGCGUGAAACAGACAGUAUUGCAAGCCUGCAGUGGUACGGUAGCUCCAGGACGUGGCAGGACGUAGAUUGGAUCAAGAAUGAGAAGUUUGGAUGGUGUUAG